AUGGACGUGGUGGGGAAACCAGUGAUGAUGCCGGCCAUCGAUACCCUGUGCAUCUGUUGUCCGGCAAUGCGGCCGAGGUCGCGGCAUCCCGUGAAGCGCUACAAGAAGUUGUUAGCGGAUAUAUUUCCUCGGGCUCCGAUUACAACUCUUCUUGAGCAAAGGUGUUAUCGGGAACUGAGGACUGAGAAUCUUAUGCCAUUGUUUGCGGGUAGUUUUCUCAGUAUUAUUCAUAUCUUGCUGGAGCAAACAAGGCAUGACGAGAUGCGGGUUGUCGGCUGCCAAGCUCUAUUUGACUUUAUAAAUAACCAGAAGGAUGGUACCUAUAUGUUCAAUCUAGAAGGAUUGAUCCCAAAACUGUGUCUUCUAGCUCAAGAGAUGGGAGAGGACGAAAGGGUCCUGCACCUUCGUUGUGCUGGCCUGCAAACACUGUCAUCUACAAUAUGGUUCAUGGGUGAAUUUUUUCACAUCUCAGCGGACUUCGACAAUGUUGUUUCUGCAGUCCUGGAAAAUUGUCACUGCCCAGAUAUGGAGUCCGAUUAUCUUACUAAUGGUAAGCAAGAAGAGGUGCAAAGAGUUGAAAAUCAAAAUUCUCCACCUGAUGCCGUGAAUAGGGCUAUUUCUUGGAGAAAGAUUGUAAAUGAGAGAGACUAUGUUACAAUGGAAGAUACAGGAAGUCCCAGAUUCUGGGCAAGAGUAUGCUUGAAUAACAUGGCAAAGUUGGCCAGGGAGGCUACAACCGUACGCCGUGUUCUUGAAGCCUUAUUCCGUUACUUCGAUCAGGGCAAUCUCUGGUCACCUGAUGAGGGGCUGGCCCUUGCUGUUUUGAUGGACAUGCAAUCAAUAAUGGAGAACUCUGGACAUAACACUCAUUUUUUGCUAUCUACUGUAAUCAAGCAUCUUGAUCAUAAGAAUGUCUUGAAAAGCCCCAACAUGCAGGUAGAUAUCGUUCAAGUUGCUACCACUCUGGCUCAAGCAACAAAGGUCCAACCAUCUGUGACAAUUGUUGGUGCAUUUAGUGAUAUGAUGAGACAUUUGCGGAAAAGCAUACACUGCUCUCUUGAUGACAUAGAACUCGGGGAAGAACUAAUUCAGUGGAACAGGAAGUUUCAAGCAGCUGUUGAUGAGUGUCUUGUUCAAUUGUCUUGCAAGGUUGGAGAUGCUGGCCCCAUUCUUGACGUAAUGUCUGUGAUGUUAGAGAGCAUUUCAAAUAUAACAGUUAUGGCUAGAAACACAAUUACUGCUGUCUAUCGCGUUGCUCAGAUUGUGGCAUUCUUGCCAAAUAUAUUGUAUCAAAAUAAGGCAAGGCUGUUUCUAUCUCAUGCUUUCCCUGAGGCUUUAUUCCAUCAAUUACUGCUCGCCAUGGUCUCUCCAGACCAUGAGACAAGGCUUGGGGCACAUCGUGUAUUUUCUGUUAUACUUGUUCCAUCAUCUGUUUGCCCUCCUAGUAGCUCUACUACCAGCUCCUCAACUAAACCUGCUGAUUUUCAGAGGACGCUGUCUAGAACUGUUUCUGUGUUUUCUUCUUCUGCUGCUCUAUUUGAGAAGAUGAGGAAAGAACAACAGUACUCCCAAAAAUUUUCAGAUCAAACAGAUGUAGUUUUAAAUAAUGGCGAAGUAAAGCUCAACAGUCCAUCCAUGCUGAAACGGCUGACAUCCAGUUAUAGUCAAAAUACUAGCAUGAGGAGAUGUUCAAUGCCCGUAACCAUGGGUAAUUUAGAGAAGGAACCGAAGGGGAUCUCUCUUAAGUUGAAAAGCCGACAGAUCAGCCUCUUGUUGUCUUCCAUCUGGGUGCAGGCAGUCUCUCAUUUGAACACUCCUGGGAACUAUGAAGCACUUGCCAACACAUACAGCUUGGUCAUACUAUUUUCAAGAAACAAGAAAUCCAGUAAUGAUAUUCUUAUUCGAAGUUUUCAGCUAGCAUUUUCCUUAAGGAGCAUAUCUCUCCAAGGAGGACCACUUCAGCCAUCUCGCCGCAGGUCUCUUUUCACCUUGGCAACAUCUAUGAUACUUUUCUUAUCGAAAGCCUACAAAUUUAUCCCUCUUGUCACUUCUGCCAAGGCUGCUUUGACGGAGAAAACAGUUGAUCCUUUUCUCCAGCUGGUAGAUGAUAGCAAGUUGCAGGCUAAAUUAGUAGAUCCUAAGGUGAAUGCUUAUGGAUCAAAAGAGGAUGAUGAAAAUGCCCUAAAGUCUCUUUCGGUAAUUAAAAUUAGCGAGGAUCAAUCUACAGAAUCUUUUGCCUCCAAGAUUGUGAAGAAUUUGGGGAAGCUAUCCAAUACUGAAUCAUCAAAUAUAAAGGAGCAAUUGCUUAAAGAUUUUCUUCCUGAUGAUGUUUGUCCAUUGGGAGCCCAGCUAGUUACAGAAACCCCCGGGCAAAUCUACCAAUUAGAUAUGAACGAAAAUGAACAAUCUGAGAAGGCCGAGUAUCCAAUGUUUAAAAUAGAUGAUGACUGUCCAACGGAUUUAUUGGUAAAUCAGACAGAUCCCUGCUCCCAGCUGACAAUAGAAAGUCCCUGUCUCCUGAGUGUAGAUCAAUUUAUGGCUUCGAUGUCGGAGUCAACAAAGCAGGUUGGACGGUUUUCUUUCUCGGAUCCCUCUCACAUGGCAUAUAAUGAUAUGGCAAGCCAGUGUGAGGCUCUUCAGAUCGAAAAGCAGCAAGUAAUGUCAAAUUUUAUGAAUGCACAACUGAUUCAAGAGAAUCCAGUCAGCUUCUCUGGCCAGGAUGACGCCCAGGCACUUGACAAUCCAUUUUAUGAAUCCGGAUUUUUUAUGACACCAUCUAUUGGAAAUAUUCCAAUGACAUGUCCAUCCGAAUUUCAGCAUCAGCCCGAUUCCUUCCUCUUGCCAACUUCAAGUCCAUAUGACAACUUUUUGAAGGCGGCUGGGAGUUGA